AUGAAUAUUUAGGAAACCAAAAAUAUUCCUGAAGAAGUAGCAAAGGGUUUGACUUAAUUAGCAAAGGAUCCAUUUACUUAAUAAAAUUUUGAUAGGCUAUCUAAAUGUGUAUUUAUGAAUUUGGCUGGAGAAGAAAACAAUACAAAAAUAUUGGAUCAAUUGAACACAGAACCUUUAACAAAUGAGUUGUUCAACUUAAUUUUACUAUUCACAGUUCAAUGCAUCAAAUUGCAAUUAAUGGAAAUUGAAAUCACUACAAAUCUAUAUGAUUAUGGAUUUGAUCAGACUAUCGUAGAUGGAUAUAUAAAGAAGUUUACUUAAUUCAAGCAAUUUGUCAAUGAUCCUGAUAAUGCCAUCAUAGCAGCCAAUUUUGAAUCGAAAAUAGGCUUCAAUUACUUAGUAGAUGUUGAUUGGCAAUAGGAAAUCGUGGUUUCAUCGAAAUAUGCUAAUAAAGUGUAUUAGGAAAUAUAUAAAAUAUAAUUGCACACUAAAUCAACAGACAACAAAGACAAGGACAUUGUGUUCAAGUGCACCUUGCCUCAAUUAAUUGAGAUAAACAAUCAAUUAGGAAUCAUGGUCAAGAAUAUAGAAUCAAGUUCAGAUUUGAAACAUCUCAAAUGA